AUGUUCCGUCUUAGCGUUCUGCUCAUCCUCGGAUUGGCCGUUUCGGUCUUCGGCAAAAAUCUGAGCCCAGAGUACACCGAGUGGGCCGGACGUAUUGUCGGAGGGCAGAAUGCCGGAACGAACCAGUUCCCGCACCAGGUGUCGCUGCGGUCGGCCGGAAAUGCUCAUUUCUGUGGUGGUUCCGUCAUCAGCAGCCGUUACGUGUUGACGGCGGCUCACUGCACCAUUGGACGUACGACCGGCAACACUGUUUCCGUCGUCGGAACGAUUUUCCUGAACAGCGGCGGCAUUGCCCAUCAGACGCUGCGUAUCGUCAACCACGGAGGCUACAACGCCAACACGCUGGCCAACGAUGUGUCGCUGGUGCAGACGGCCUCCGUCAUCGGAAUGAGCGCCGCCGUUCAGUCGAUCGCGCUCGGUGGUAACUUUAUCAACACCGGUGGAGCAACCGCCUCGGGCUGGGGUCAACUUGGAGCCAACAUCGGUAUCCCGAACCACCUCCAGUUCCUGAACACGAACAUCAUCACGCUGGCUGCCUGCCGUGCCGCUCACACCGCGGCCAAUGCUGCGCGCGUUUUCGACAACACCAUGUGCUCGCACAGCCCGAACGGCCAGGGAAUGUGCAUGGGAGACUCCGGUGGCCCGCUGGUCCAUGGUGGUGCCGUUCACGGUAUCGUCUCGUGGGGAAUCCCGUGCGGACUCGGCUUCCCCGAUGUCUUCGCUCGCGUGUCCUCGCACACCCAAUGGAUCUUGAACAACGCCGUCUAA